UCUGCCCUGCCGCCAGCCAUGCCCCCACCUUUCCCUUCUCAGCCGCGCAACUCUCAGAUAAAUAUAUUAUUCUCAUCUGACUCAUCCAUCUCCUGUUGCUCUGAAUCUGAUGAGUUAAGAAAGAGAUUUCGUUGUGUGAGCUCUCUCAGCCUCACCAGCCGCCUCUGUUUCUCUCUCCAUCGCUCGCUGUUGUGCUCUUGAAGCUUCACAAUUUCGCAGGGAAACCCACCUCCAAAGUCAUCAUCUUUUCCUUCUCCGGGUUUUGUUUUGCUUGCCCGGCAUCUUCUGCCGCAGCAAGAACUGCCAUCAAAGCUACUAGCUUUGUCCUCCUCCAGUCUGUUGCUCCUUCAGAAGGUAUAUGUUCGUCUUUUUCGAUUUCAUAUGGGAUCUUGCUCGGUAGCUCGUAGCGGAUUCUCUUUCCUCUUCGGAUCGCUGUGACUGGUUUUUCCGUCAUGCUUGAGAUAUUGAGAUCUAGCUGGGGGUAGUCUCCAAUGGAUUCAAUGAUGUCUCGAGUCUUUUCCGGUUUCUUGAUGAGGUGAAUAGUCACUGCUCUGUUUAAAGUCCAACGGAUGGAUAGCACAAAGAAAGUGCGCUUGAUGGAUUAUUUGCAAGUUCUGUCAUCACAGGAUUAAACGAACUCAUGGAAGGCCAAUUCGUAACUGCCAUUGAUUUUCCUGAAGUCCACAAGAAUGUAGAGCUAUCAGACAGGUUACCGUCACCAAACAGUUGGGCUCAGUGGGGAAUUGGUGGGAGCCCCGAAACCUUCGGGUUGCCGAAAAGGAAAUCUGUCGUGGACUCAGAUUCAGCUUCCCAAGAAUUCUGUCAGGGGAGUUCUGGUGUUGCUGAUAGCUCAAGUGCGUUCGAGGAAUUAUCUAAUCAGAGCCCUUGGCAAGAUGCUGUCCCGGAUCAUAUGGAUUUCCAGCUUGAUAAUCUGGGAGGAGUUGGGGAGGCAGACGACUUAUUCCUGAACUCUUUUCUAGAAGAUUCUCCUGGGAAGGAGAAAUUUCAUGGAUCAUUUUGCGUUUGUCCUGACUGCUGGUAUGAAGUUUCUCUAGCUGGAAAUUUGUGGCUGAAUCCUUGUGAUUCGCACAGUAUUUCGAGUGAAAAACAACAUGUGAAGAGUUCAAAUUGCACCGAAUCCCGUCGCUUUUCCCCAUCUUUGGGAUGGGAAAAGGAUAUCACUGCCCCUCAAUCUGUUCCUUGCAAAACCGAGAAGGAAAUGGAUUUAGAACCAAAGGCACCAAUGGUCAAUAUCCUGGUUCCUUCUGAACAUGGCGAAUUGCAUGAAAAUCCAGUCGAGGAAAUGCCCUUCGAAAAAUCUGUGCUCCACGAUCUUGAAUUGCUGAUGAAACAGUUGACUAAGAAGACCCGCAUUUGCUUCCGUGACGCUUUAUACCGCCUCGCUGACAACACGAAACACCACCCCAUGGGUAUGGAGGGUCAGAGUGAAGAGUUGGAUGAGGAAAAGGCGCCUCCGUGGACAGAAGAUAACCAGGACAUGAGGUCAGAGAAGAGAAUGUUGGAGUCAGAGACGAACAUAAUCGACAGAGCUGUUGCUAACAUCAUGUUCCAUAGGAUGGACUUCAGCAACCAAGAUUUCGCCGUCAAACAUCCAUACAGUCAUGAGCAAGAAAUGCUCGGAGAAGGGGAUAUAUUUCAAUGUCAGAGUCUGGAAACCUCGAUGUUCCCACAUGACCAUGAAGUGCCUGUCUUCACUCAGAACCAUCCCAAGGAAAGAAGCAGCCAACUGGCUUAAGGCUCAACUGUUCGAUUACUUAUGGCUUAAAUAAGUGCCAAUUUCUGCAUCAGUAUUAGUUUUCCUUUGAUUUAGAGCAGUGUCAAGCCUGGUACUAACGAGCAUGUUUGGCUUCUUCAACCGGUCACCACUAUCCUAAAAUGUAUAUAUUGCGAGCUUAGAUAGCUUUGGGAGCUUAGUAUUAGAUUCUCAGGUUUCUGCUGAUACUCUCAGCUCAGUUUUGACCAGAAGAUUGUGUGAAUAAAUAAUCGUGUCAGCACUUUAGUGAGUUACCGGUGUUGAGGUUGUGGCGUGAUUGAAACAUUUCAAAGACAAGUUUCAUAGUUCAAGAA